GUCAAAACUCCGCAAGCGGCACCGCCAGAUCUGGACGGACUUAGCGGGGGAGAAGGCAAGGACAUCUCAGCAACGACGGAAGAGGCUCUUGGCCUGCGAGUCCGACGAGCAAGCUGUUUGCUCCGGGGACGGGGACCCACCCAAGGAUUCCGCUGAGAGUGGCCAGGACUUGGUGGAGGUUUUCGCAGGUCCGGACGGCUUGUGCCUCAGAGCUCAGAUUUAUCUGGGUUCCGGUGCCUACGGUUCGGUCUACAGGGCAAAGGACGAGGCCGGCAGGACUUUUGCUUUGAAGAUCGGGAAAGAGCAUUUGCUCCAGGACUUGUCUCACGAGGCACGGUUGCUGGCCAUGUUGCAUCACCCGGGCGUGGUCUGGUCUUUCGGGCUGACGAGUACGGCCUGCAACAAGGUGGCCUUGAAGCUGGAGUGUGGCCACCAGAAUCUCGGCCGCUACUUGGACGAACAGGGCUCUUUCAAUAAAAAGGACUGCUGGCGAAUGGUUUUGCAGCUUUUGUCUGCUCUCAUGUACCUUCACGAGAAGGGCGUGGUCCAUGCGGAUGUGAAGCCCGGGAACACUCUGGUCUUCCUGGACUCGGCCUCGGGCUCGCCAGAUUCCUGUCCGAGGCUGAAGCUUUGCGACUUUGGUCUCUCCGUGGAGCUGGGCCCGGAAGGACAUGCCACGGUGGUCGGUCGAGAGGUCUACACUCUGCCGUACCGUCCCUUCGAGUGUGCCAUGGCUAAUCAGAAACGAGUCCGCAUAGGUCCAGCAUGCGAUGUCUUUGCCAUGGGGGCCUUGGCCUUCAGGGUCUUCAGAGGAAGGGCUCUUUUUGGUGCGGAGACUUAUGACACUUUGCUUCAGGACCCGACCCCUCAGGCACAGAGGUCUGUCUGGGAGUAUAGGGACGGGCAGAUGACUCGCUUGGACUCCGGGGUGAGGGCUCUUCUCUCCAAGAUGGUGGCUCCACCACAGCAGCGGGCAGCCUCGAGUGUUCUUUUGGCAAUGUGCCGUGAUCGCCUGCGAGUGGAAUCUCAGCGGACUUCGUGUGGACCGGGUGCUGCCUGCACCUGA